AUGUCAACCACGGAGAUGAUCAAUGUCGAAUUGACGGCGGCGCAGCAGCAGGGCGAGCCCGGGCAAUCGUAUGCUCUUCACGAGCUGCCUACUGGAAAGGAUGACGAUGUCCCGCCUGUGCAGGUGGAAGAGCUUGAGAGCGCAGCGCCAACGGUCUCCUUCAGUUCAAUCUUGCUAUUGAGUGCGUCUCAUCUAUCCAGCUCGUGGUCAGAUCGAACACUCGAAUUCGCUGUCCCCUUAUACCUCAUAUCCCUUUUCCCCUCGACACUCUUCCCCUCAUCCUUCUUCGGUUUUCUCACCACAGGCUCCGCCAUCCUCCUCUCCAACGCCAUCGGAAGCUGGGUCGACCGUACUCCUCGCCUCCGCGCUGUGCGCACCUUCAUCCUCGCACAGAAACUGAGCAACUUGGUGGCUUAUGCAUUGCUGCUGGUCUUGUUUGAGAAGUUGCAGAGCCAGGCUAGUCGGGGCCUCGGAGCGGGUGGCGACGCAGGAGUGAGAGCGCUGUUCGUGUUCGUGUGUCUGUUGGGAUGUGUUCUUCGCCUUGCUACAGUCGGGAUAAACGUUGCCAUCGAGCGAGACUGGGUGACCACCAUCUCCUCCGGCUCUCCCGCCAGCCUGACACGGCUGAAUGCCUUCCUACGCCGGAUCGACCUGCUAUGCAAGCUUCUUGCUCCGCUGUUCGUCUCCUUCCUCACUCUCCAGAGUAACUCUGUCAGCAUAAUGGUACUUAUGGGUAUCAGCUUCGUAACGAUGUUCUUCGAGUUCGUAUGGAUCCAAACUGUGCACAACGAGUUCCCCGCGUUGGUGUCAGAGCAAGCGAAGCGGUUGGCCAUUCAGGCUCAAGCAACUCCACCUAGCACCCGCUGGAGCAUCAGCGCGCUGCGCAGAGCCCUCAAGCAGCUGCUCAUUGACUGGAAAGACUUCCAACGUACACCGGUGUUUCCGACCGCUGUGUCUAUCUCCUUGCUCUACAUGACGACGCUGGCGUUCGACUCGACUUUCCUCUCGUACGUCGUUUGGCGCGGGUACUCCAACCCUCUAAUCGCCGGCAUGCGAGGUCUAUGCGUUGUAAUGGGACUGCUAGGCACCGUCAUCCAACCACUCCUUACGCGAUGGAUCGGCCCCGUCCGCGCCGGCAGCUGGUCAAUCUGGUCCGAAUUCCUCACCCUCAUCCCCGUUCUCCUGAGCUUUUUCCUCCCUCCUUCCCUCUCCACCUCCCCAUCCAGCUCCAGCAGUGCAGGCAAUGUAUGGAACAGCGCCCUGCUUUUCGGAGGGAUGGCCCUAAGCCGCCCGGGGCUCUGGGCGUUCGAUCUGUCUCAGCUGCAGAUAUUGCAGGAUAAGCUUAGGGAUCAUCCAAGGAGGAACGCCCUCACCGCGCUACAGUUCUCGAUGCAGAGCGUGGGUGAUUUGGCCAAGUAUGUGCUCGUCAUGGUCCUCUCCUCUCCGACAGAAUUUCGCUGGACGGCAAUCGUCUCUGUCGCUUGUGUACUCGCGGGCUGCCUUGUCUGGUCCUUCGCAUAUGCGCGUAAGGAACGCGGGCAUCUCCUGCAUCUGUCACAUAUCGCGCAUAUGCUUAAGUCUGCUCUGAGGGUUAUUCGUGUCACACAUUUCUAGAAACUUUGUCUGGAACGAGAGUAGUAACAGGUAUAG